UCAAAAUUCAAACCCUGGAUUUUUCUCUACCAUCUCUGAAAAAAAUCAUUCCUUUGUUCAGAACCAAGAAAUUUCUGAUGGGUAAUUUUGAUGGUUUACCAGAAGAGAUGAGGUUAAAGAUCUUAACUCGUUUACCAACACAAUCAAUUCUUAAAUGCAAAUCAGUAUCCAAAUCUUGGAGGCAGAUUGUUCAUCAUCCAUCCUUCCCUCAAGUACACUUAACUCACCUCCAUGAUUCUGAUUCUGGUAAGUUGGGUUUCAUAUUAUUUCACAAAUCUGGACUCGUAGAAUAUACAGAGUAUGAUGAUGAGAGUUAUUCUCAUGACAUACCACCCUUUAGCAAAGCAAGAAGAUUCAAUUUAAUCUCUCCAUUUACAGACUAUGAAAUUCUUGAUUCAUGCAACGGUUUGAUUUGUUUCAAUGCGGUCCGUAGUGAUUAUUGCGGACCAUCUUUUAUAUGCAAUCCUGUUACUAGAGAAUGUGUGACACUUCCAAAACUCGAAGGGAAAGAAUUGUUAACUGGAUUUGGUUACAGUUCGUCGACUAAUGAGUAUAAGGUUGUGGGAAUAUCCCAGAGAGACCCACAAUUUGGAAUUGUUCAGGUAUACACUCUUGGCAGUGGCACUGGAUGGAGAAAUGAUGGAAAAAUGGACUAUAACGCCAUAUUUGUUGGACGGCGUGGUGUAAUAGCAAAUGGAGCUCUUCAUUGGUUGUGCAUAAGAGGAAUUAUCGUAGCCUUCGAUUUGGCCAGUGAAAAGUUUAGAAAAAUUCCAUCACCAGCUUGCAUUCCAGAAUCUGGUCAGUUCUAUAGUUUAGUGGUUUUGGGUGAUUGUUUAUGUGCUAUUUCUUAUAAUGAAAAUGGCACAUGGUUCAUGACUUGGAAGAAAGAGUAUAGGCUUAGCAAUCAAAUUCCAUUCGCAUCUACGAAGAAUGGUGGGCUUUUAUGCUGUUUUCUUGGUGGUACCAGGGGCAACAUCUAUCAUACCAAUCCAAAAGAUUCAUCUACCAAGUUACUUGAGAGGUUUGGUAUGUCUGUUUGUCUUGUUAUUCCUCACAAGAAUACCUUAAUCUGACUAAAAGAAUUAGGAGAAAAAGAUACGCAGACAAUGGAAUCUGUUGAAAGGGCAAGGUCAAGUCAGGAGAUAGGAAACAGUGCAGUACGAAGUUAGAGAUCUGCAGGAAAAUGUGAUUAAUAGUUAACUUACUAUGUUUACAAGAAGAAGAAUGCCUUGCGUGCAGGAAAAGAUGAGUUUCUUUAGCUGUUACCAGGGCACUGAUCUGUUUGGUUCUUAAAAUGGCAUUAUUUGCAAUUUGGGGGACCUUAAAUGUUCCCUUACUAUGUGGUACUGCAACAUUCGAUUGUCAGGGUCGUACGAACUAUGCAUUUCCCAUUAUCUCAUCAGGACCAGCUUAUAUCAUUCCCAUUAACCAUGUACGCGUGCUUGUAAUUAGUUAAUUUAGUUUGCCUCCUCUUUGUGGCUAUCGUCAAUCGGAUAAAGUCCUGCCUUUGAAUAGUGGUUUGAUUUCUAGAUUCUUGAUCAUUUGCCUUCCCUGUGUGGGCAACUUGGCACUGUAAGCUACACCUAUGGACGACAUACUUGCUCACCUCCCAGCAUGAUCUAUUUAAUAAUUUAAGGAUGUACAUAAAAGCAAGGAGACCUUAUUCGAAGAUAAAAUGUCUAAUUUGAACUGUGUAGACAAUUUGCACGAGAUUAAGAUACACUAGAAAGCUUAGACAUGCUUAAUUUGGCUAUAACUAUUGGCAGAGUUAUCUGCUUCCUUAACUUAAAUAGCAAAGAUGCCACCUCUAUUUUCUUUCUGACCGAGUUAUCCCAACAUAAUUAUAUUGUGUUCUUAUUUAAAAUAUUCCUUAUACUUGGCUUCUGAGCUUACUGGCCAACUUGAUAUGGGACAUUGUCUGUAACCAUAUGAAUAUCAUAUGAGCUACCGGGCCUCGCUUGAUCUGAGGUUUUCUUUGUGCAUCUAAGAAAUUGCAGUUAUAUUGGUGAAAAACCCUGCUUUCAAUUCUGAUAAAGUCAUGUUUUCUUUUGUAUUACUUACAUCCGUUGUUUCUGCAUUCAUGUUAGUCCAUAUGUUUUGAUUUUGGUAAGCAAUGAUGGCCGGUUAGUAUGCAAUAUUCUUCUUAUGAUUGGCUUUCCGAGCUUUUCUCCACUUACUUUUUCGUUUGAACCCCUAAAUCUAAGCUACUUGUUAUAGGUAUGUUUUUGGCUUCUUUUUUAUUUUUUUGUGUUUAAUCUUGCACUUGUGUUUGUGAUUUGGUCGAUCUUACUACUAAGAUACCUUUGUACUACUUAGUUUGUGAGCUUGAGUUAAGUAUACCUUUUCUCCUUUCUGCAAGUCUCAGUUAUCUAUUCACAAUUUCCAUGUUUCUAUGAACGAUUUUCGUCCGUUGGGUAUGUUAAUUGCUAUAUUUGCAGCUGCUGUAAGAUUGAAUCAUCUGGUACUGCAAUACUUUUUUGUCAAUUUUUACUAUAUCAUCUGCUUAUACAUUUAUUCUCAUUGUGCAAGUUGCUGGUAAAUGCUACAAACAUAUGCAACAUUAGCAGAAACCUUAGGGUUGUCAAGUCUGUCGUUGAGGAAAGCAGACCAUUUUCAUUAACUUCAACUAUACUAGUCUAAUUUUUUUGUAAAUACCAGUAAUCACAUACUUUAUUGAACCCUAUCAAGAAAUAAAAGACGAUAUGAAUCGGGGAAAUUAUAGUGCAUGUUUUCAUGAUUUAUUUCGCUCUUCGUGAAACUCUUUUCUGGGUUCUAGCUUAUGACCUUGGUAUCUAAUUUGGAGAUGAUUUCGUGGUCUACAGAAAUACCAACUGCAUAAAUUUAAAAGAAUCUGAAUUUGGUCAUAAAUUUCACAAUAAUAUAAACAGAAAUUGGAACCAGAUUAACAGGCCUAUACAGUUGUUGGCUCAGCUAAAAGAUUUGGACAUGAAGUAGGCGCGUCGUCUCCAGAACUCGAACUCGUUGUGUCCUGCUGCUCGCCACUGAAGUUGCCAUAAUGCAGAGAUUUUCUGAAGUUCUUCAAAUGAACUGCCUUCAUUUUCUUUUGGAUUCACCGUACAAGCGUUUAAUGCAUCCUAAAUGUAGCACUUUGAAGUGAUCCUCGAGACGUACACUUUCCGGGUUGAUUGUAUUCUCCACAAUCUUCUGUAACAAUUCCUCGACAUGCUCAACAGUACCCUUUACCAGCUCAAAUUGCCUAUCGCGUUCGCAUCUGUCGUCUUCGCAUUUGAACAGGUUCUUUUCGUAAACAUUUUUCUCGAAAUGGUAUGCAUCACCUGCUGGAGGACUCUCCACAGACACCAAAGUAUCAUUCAAUACUGCAACUCCAAGUUCCGUCCUUCCGCUAGCUAAAUUUCUCUUCGUCGAAAGCUGAUAACUUGGAUUAUCAAUUGCACAAUUUAAGAGACGGUCAAUCAUGGGUUCCUCAAGUUUCCUCCUUUUUGAUGCUGGAGCCUCACAACCAGUCACCCUUUCAUCCUUUUGGGGCUCUUGAUGCACUUUACCCUCAUUCGCUGUACUCGGAAAGGCGGUACCAUAUUUCAGCAAAUCUCUAACGAUUUCUCGCAAUUCAGCUCUUGAAAUUCUUUUUAUACUGUAAAGACAAAGACACUUUAAAUAUUUCUUGUACUCAUCAGGAUUUCUAAACUUCUCCUUGCUGAUUUCCUCAAAGAAUUUGUAGUCUUCAUGAUAA